GCCUUCUUGCCCGUAUCUGAUCCUGCUCGGCCGCCGUAGUGCAUGUAAACAUGGCGUCCGACGGAGAGAGUGAUGAGGACUUGGUGACUUUUGGGACCCCUCUGGAGCCGCUGGAGGAAGAUGAGCCCAUCAGAAGGCCCAUUCCUGUGCAGGACCAGACGGUCAAAGAUGAGAAAGGCCGGUACAAGAGGUUUCACGGAGCCUUCACUGGUGGCUUCUCUGCUGGCUACUUCAACACCGUGGGGUCCAAGGAAGGCUGGUCUCCAUCCACCUUCGUGUCAUCACGACAGCAGAAGGCAGAGACGCACAAUGCCAGACCAGAAGACUUCAUGGAUGAGGAGGAUUUCAGUGAGCAUGGUAUUGCACCACGAGAGAUCACCACCACUGAUGACUUUGCUUCUGGAAGGCCAGAUCAAAUCCGGGAUAAAGCCAAAGCUAUUAGCUCCCUCGCUGCCCCUAUUCCAGGUGACACUCUACUGGAAGAACUGAUCGCACCUGCAAGGUCAUCUAUAGGGGUCCAGCUGCUUAGAAGAAUGGGUUGGAGGGAUGGGCAAGGUAUUGGACCCAGGGUGAAGAGAAGACAACGCAAACAAGACACAGAAGCCAGAGUUUAUGGAUGUGCUGUGCCACCCAGUGGAUCUGAAGAGUCAGAGAAUGAUGAUGAAUUUGCCCCAGAGAAUGUGACCUUCGCACCCAAAGAUGUGAUCCCAGUGGAUUUCACCCCUAAAGAUGACCUCCAUGGCCUGGGCUACAGAGGUCUGAACCCUCUACAGGCCCUGAGUGGUGGUUCAGGGAUGGGGCAUAUCAACCUGUUCACCCUGGACUCCGAAAGGAUGAGCAGUCUGGUUAGAGACAGGAAGGCGGGGAAACAACGUAAGAGUGGAAUCACAGGACAGGGAUUUGGAGUGGGAGCAAUGGAGGAGGAGGAUGAUGAUAUCUACCACAGAGAUGCCUUGUCCAAUUAUGACACUAUACUGGGAGGGGAGGAGCCAGGAGACGGCCUGUAUGGAUGGACUGCCCCGCAGCAGUACAGUAGGAAGAAGAAUGACUCAAAAAGAGAUGCUGCAUAUGUGGGGAAGAUACUGGAAGGUUUCACUCUGGGUUCCAAAAGCAAAGAAGUCAAAACUGUGUUUCCUCCUCCGGACCUUCCACGAGAUUACCGUCCAGUGCAUUAUUUCCGUCCAGUGGUGGACACCUCCUCUGUCAGCCCACUGGUAGCACAGGCACUGCAGGCCUCACAUGGACAGCUAUCACAGGAUGCUCCACAGCAGGGCCGCCACAUGCUGGACUCUGCUCAGAGAAGAGAGAUGCUGGGAGAAACAUCCCUACAGGGCCCCAGCUCUGUGUUUGAGCUGUUGGAUAGUAAGGACAGAGAGAGGCUGAGUGGAAUCCGUAAAGCUGCAGAAGAGAAGAAAGUGCAGGGGGACAUGUCCUCUACUGAGGGCCGUGCUGCGGUUGUGGCUGCAGCCAAAGCCUCCGCUCUGCAGGCCCUGUCAAGUCGCUUCCAGUCCACCUCUAAUGCCCCUCAGUCUGACCCUCAUGCCCAACUUCAGCCCUCUGCUGCCCAGGGAGAGAUGCAGAUCCAGUCCCGGGCAACUGCCCAGCUGGCCCUCAGUGCUUGGUCCAGCCCCACAGCUCAAGGUAGCCAGACUUUCAGGCCAUUUGAGAAGAACCCUGCGAAACAGGCACGUUAUGAUCUCUACAUCAGCCGAUUGAAGCAGGGAGAUAAAGAUGCUUUGGAGUUGAGUGUGGACCCGUUGAUGACUGAGUGGGAGAGAGGAAGAGAGAGGGAUGAGUUUAUUCGGGCUGCUGUGCUGUAUAAGCCGAGUAACUCGUUACUCUCCUCCCGCUUCACUCGUGGCAAACAUGAGGAUGACACAGACCAAGUGGAAGUGGCACGAGAUCAGGAGAAUGAUAUGGAUGAUAAGCAAGCAGCAGUGAACAUGAAGAUGUUUGGAAAACUCACCAGAGACACCUUCGAGUGGCAUCCAGAUAAAGUGCUGUGCAAGAGAUUUAAUGUCCCUGAUCCUUACCCAGGCUCAAGUAUAGUGGGCCAGCCCAAAGUGAAGCGGGAUAAGUUCUCCGUGUUCAACUUCCUGUCUGUAAUAGACGGGACUGCCCCUUCUUCCAGCUCCGCACCUGUCGCUCCCACCUUGGCACCCUCCCCUGCACCCUCUGGCAAACGCUCUAGGUGGGAUGUAGCUGGCCAGGAAUCACAGGUUAAAGACCCACUCAGCAGAUUCAUCAGUGAGGCUCGUAGUGAAGUGACCGCAGUACAGCAAGACCAGCCAAGCACGGCUAUAACCCCUGCAGUCUCCGUCACUGCUGAGCCUACAACAGCUGGGCCUUUGACUGAACAGACAGCAAAGAAGACUGAAGAUGAGGAGGAGGAAGAGGAAGAGGUUAGACCGCCAAUGGACUUAUUCAAGGCCAUCUUUGCCAGCUCUUCUGAUGAGAAGAGCUCCUCUUCAUCUGAGGAAGAGAGUGGUGAUGAGGCAGACCAGGCAGUGGAGCCCCAGACACACAUACUAGUCGUCCCAACUGUCAAGAUUGAUGCCUCGCCUGUUUCAACUCCGGAUCCUCCCACAUCAAGUCUAAGUACCGCAAAAGAACCUAAGCCUCUUACAGAGGAAGGAGAGCAGAAGGAUGUGUCUGUACGGACUGGAGACAUUGACAGUGAGGAGUUUGGACCAAGACUACCUCCUCCUGGGCAAGUAUUCUCAUCAUCACUAGUGCAGGAGGAGAAGCCGAAAAAGCCAAGCAAAGACAAGCAUAAAGCCAAGAAAGAACAUAAACACCGUAAAGAGAAAAAGCAUAAGAAGAAGAGUAAGAAGCACAAGCAUAAAGGAAAGCAGAAGAAGAAAAAGAAAGCGGAGGAGACGGACAUUAGCUCAGACGACACUGACUCUGAGAGUGAUGAUGAGCUGGGAGCUGUAUCCGCAGAAGACCUGCUACAGAGGUUAAAAAACAUCCGUGGCAAGAAGUGACUGUGAGCAUCUGAAGACUUAGAGAGGCAUUACUUGUCCUCCAUGAGGAUGUCAUUAUGAAGCAAAAUUAAGAGGAUAAUGUCUGUAAAUUACUGUUUUGUCUGACUGUGAAGUUUUGCUAAAUAAAGAAAAUGCCUUCUACAUGACUUCAAAAUAAAGUUACUUGUAAUAAAA